UGUCAGACCGAUUUGACGCUACACAAGAGGGCUGGCUGCUGGCUACACAUAAAUACGUAUAUUUGUAUUAGACAGAGAAGCAAGGGAUAAGGGAUAGCACUCGCUCGAGCUAUACAAUAAUUAUUCCACAUCGAAUUUGACAGCCUUGGCAUCCACCAUCCAGGAAGCGCCUUCUGACUUUUGAAGAAACACUCACGCCCUCCCCCCCUUUUUUUUCAUUGAAACUUGCUCAUCGAGUUUCGGAGUUUUAUUUUUUUUGGUGGUGGCACUCACCGAGCCUUCUCUUGUGGAAUGUGCUGCUGCCCCGCUCGGUGAGAAGGGCGUCGACAUCUAUCUGCCUUUACUCCGUCGGUCGUACCACGUUCUGUAUUUCUCAGAUUUGGGUUUCUACACCAUUUCGAGAGAUAUAUAUAUCUAGACCUACCUACCUACCUACCAAGGAUUAGGUGUACUUCGUCACGAUGGAUAUCCAACCCUGGGUCUCCGUCGUUAUAUCAGUGCUGGUCCUUAUAGGGGCGGCGGUCGUGAUCACAUUAUUAGCCAGAUGGGGCGGCGUAUGUGGGAACCGAGAUCGACGAGGAUGCUUUGGCAGGAAGGAGAAGCCAUCGAAACCUGGAUUACCGAGAUCGAUACAGCAUGCGCUGACACAGCUGGAGGGGGUGACGGAUAAACGACCAUGUCGAAAUUCACAGACCGAGGCAGAGGAUGCGGAGUGCCCAAUAUGUCUCGGGUACUUAUACCCCAAGGACGCGCGGCCGCCUACAUCGGCAACAGAUGAUACGAUGGUGGAUCUAGAGGCUGGCAAUGAGAUAUCUAGAUCAACAACUACGACUACGUGUGCGGCCGCCUCUAAUGCGAAGGAGAACGAGAAGCGGCAGUCGAUGCAGCCUAUCGACGACGAGGUCCUAAAGCUGAAACGGUGUACGCACAUCUUCCACGCCCGGUGUCUGGCGACCUGGUUCCUGCAAAGGAAGUACGAGUGUCCCGUUUGCAGAACGCCGUACUACCAGAUGGCGCAGGAGGCGGAGCUGCAGGAGGAGUAUCGUAUGCCGGCUACGUUGCCGGCUGUCGCGUUUUGGUGACAGGUAUGGGAGGAAUGGAUGAUACCACCUACGUUACCCACCUUACCUAUGUUGUUGGUUGAAGGUCCCAAAGCUGUGUCCAUGCCGUUGGAACUGUCGCAUGAUGCAUGCCUACCGGAAGGCAGGAAGCGCUGCGCUGAGUUGUACCACGCCCAUGAAGGGAAAGUAAACGGGGCUGAAGAAACGAUGGACACAAAUAUCAGCAGAACGCUGCGAAUUGACGGCAAGGAACUGGCCUUGCUGGCGUCACGAAGUCUUCUAAGGUUAGACCUUUCAUCGAAGAAUAGGUUUCGAAUAAUUGCUCAGCGUAGUUAGCAUUGUACCUAGUUAUUGGCUGAAAGAAUGCCUUAUACGAAGUCUCGUUUGAUGACGGCCACUAGUAAGCACAAACUGUGAGAGCUGUCAAAGCUGUCAAGAUAAUUUAUUGAGAAAUGAUAACUCAUAAU